CUAGCUUCGACAACCGCAGUCGACACAUAUCGAGCAGUCAGUACGGUGCAGUACCCGACUGAGAACAACCCAGACAACAGUGCAGAAAUGAAGAUUUUCCAUAUCAUCGUGGUGGUGUCCUUGAUUGCCACCGUUUUGACCUGCGAUGAGACAACGAACUAUAUGAAGAAUGGAGAAUGCUGUAAAAAAUGUGAGCCAGGAACGAAGAUGAAAGAUGAAUUCCAACCGUGUGAUAAACCGAAGUGCGAUCCAUGUGGGGAUGGUGAAUAUAUGCCCAACUACAACAGUGACACAAAAUGCAAAAUUCAGCCUAACUGUGAUGGAAAUCUGAACUUCAUCAUUGAGGAUCCUGGAAGCAAGACGGAGGUUGGAAAAUGUGUGUGCAAGGAGGGCUAUCAUUGCAGCAGUGAGGACUGUGUGACCUGUGCUAAGCACACAGAAUGCGAAGUGGGAGAAGGAGUUCAAAGACCAGGUACAAAGGACAGAGACACUGAGUGUGAGUCCUGCCUCAAUGAAAGCUUCUCUAACAUCACUUCUGCAGUGGAGAAAUGUCUCAAAUGGACAGAGUGUACAGGGGACUCAGUAGAAAUAAAAGCAGGAACCCCCACAUCCGACAGAGUUUGUGGUGAGUAUGACUAUGAACCUCCUGCAAGAAUGAAAGAAUACUCUUUUGCCAAUCCAGUCUUUUUUUUUAGGAAAUUGGUGGCUACUUAAGUCUUGUAAAUCAUGCUAAUUUCCACACUCAGGUCUAGUCAAAGAGCACCUUUUGUGACAUUUGACUGCCUGAAACACCAAAGUUGUGCAGACAUUUCGGAUAGGAAGAACUGCUUUAUAGAAUUCACAUCGUGCAUGAAAAGACCCCCUUCCCUCACUAUUUGCAAUGAGAUGAGAGGCUGCUGCGUGAGUGAAGAUGGGGUGGAGGGAGGGAUGUACAGUGAUGAGGAAGGGGAGAGGGCUGGUGUUACUGGAUUUCAAUUUUCAAGGUUUUUACCUUUGCUCUCACACUUCAGUUGUUAAUGCAUUUCGUUCAGGCAUUCUUUCAUCAAUCCUCACAAAUGCUGUACACAACUCAUAAGUUUGGUUUUAACUUUGUACCGGUCUUAUUCAACAUAGGCAUGCAAGAGGCUCAACGAGUAAAAGUACCAGCUUAGCAGAAGUGGGGCCCUUAGUUCUAGAAAAUGCCCGUCUGCCCCUGAGCAGUGCGAUCGACCAGCAGGAUUGCCUACUGUAGGUUUGAUUGAGCAAGAUAUCC